CUUUCGAGGCGAUUCGAUACUACUACUCAGUUUCCUUACCUACCUAGCUUUUCUCUUUACUCUGUACAGUAUUGACUGAUUGUUUGACUGAUCUCCGUUCUCGGUGUUACCCUCUUUUACGUUUUCCUGCGGCUAUUUUCACGUGAAGCAUUGGCGAUAAGACGAACGUUUGGGAGGGGAAGAAAAUGUCCAACCUCCUCUUCAAGGCCGCGGCGCCGGCGCGCGCUCUUGCAAAGAGCCAACACCUCUCGGGAUCGCCAAAGAUCCAGCAGUGCCUGCGGAAAGGCGCUCGGCUUCACACGGCUUCCUUUGGAGCGCGGGCUGAGCGGCCCAAUGCCCGGAAAGAGCACAGCCCUCGGAUAUCUCAGCGGUCUUUCCAUGCGACGAAUCCUCUGGCGCAAAAAGACCCGUACAAGACCCUCGGCGUGAACAAGACGGCGACGGCCGCCGAGAUCAAAAAGGCAUACUACGGCCUGGCGAAGAAGUUCCACCCGGACACCAACAAGGACCCGACGGCCAAGGACAAGUUCGGCGAGAUCCAGAGCGCCUACGAGAUCCUCUCCGACCCCAAGAAGAGGGAGCAGUACGACCAGUUCGGCGACGCGAGCUUCGACCCCAACGCCGACGGAGGCAAUCCCUUUGCUGGCGCGGCCGGCGGCAAUCCUUUCGCGGGAUUCGGUGCGCAGGGCGGCUUUGGAGGCGGAUUCGGUGGAGGCUUCAACUUUGAGGACCUGUUCUCGGCGUUUGGCGGGGGUCGUCGAUCGCAUCCUUUCCAGCAGGAGAUCCUGGUGGGCGACAACAUCGAGGCCCAUGUCAGCAUCAGCUUCAUGGAGGCGGCCAAGGGCACGAGCCAGACCAUCACCAUCACGCCCGUGGAGACUUGCAGCACAUGCACUGGCAGCGGCUUGAAGCCUGGCGCGCAGAGGUCGCCGUGCUCGUCCUGUGACGGAACGGGUACGAGGGUGCAUUAUGCGCAGGGCGGCUUCCAGAUGGCGUCGACGUGCGGCACUUGCGGAGGAACAGGUUCGACAAUCCCGAAGAGCUCCGAGUGCCGGACGUGCUCUGGACAGGGUGUCGUGCGCAACAAGAAGACGAUUACUGUUGACAUUCCGGCGGGCAUCGAGGACGGCAUGCGACUCCGGAUAGACGGCGCCGGCGACGCUCCCAUCACCGGACGGUCGUCGAGCCCCAAUGCGCGGGCCCAGCGCGGCGACCUCUACGUCUUUGUGCGGGUGGCGUCGGAUCCCAAGUUCAGCCGCGAGGGCUCCAACAUUCUCUACACGGCCAACAUCCCCCUGACCACGGCCAUCCUCGGCGGCCAGGUCACGAUCCCGACGCUGGACGGGACGGUCAACCUCAAGGUGCCCACGGGCACCAACACCGGCGACAAGGUGACUCUGCCCGGCAUGGGCAUGCGACGGAUCAACUCGCGGAGACCGGGCACCGGCGACCUCAAGGUCGAGUUCCGCGUCAAGAUGCCCAAGUCGCUGAGCGCCAGCCAGCGCACCAUCCUCGAGAUGCUCGCCGACGAGAUGGACGACAAGACGGCUCGCCGCGUCAUGAACGUGAAAAGCUCCGAUCCCAAUGACCCCAACACGCACAAGGACGAGGGCUUCCUCAAGUCCAUGUGGCAUACCCUGACUCACCAUCCCGCCCACGAAAAGGACGCCUCCGGGGCUUCUGGUUCUGGAUCGACUGGCGAGUCUACGAAUGACGACAAGGGGAAGAAGGAGAACUAGCUCACUCAUACCUUUGCGACGAUAUUCGACU